AUGCGUGAAUGUCUCCAUGCGGUUGGCUUGGACCACAUUUUGACGCGAGAGGCAGAUGGAUGGUUUGCCCGCCGAUCAUGGCCAGAGCUUCUCACCCGUGAAGAGCAGCAACGGCUUGGGCUGGCGCGUGUGCUUUACCACCGGCCCACCUUUUGCAUCUUGGAGGAGGCCACCUGCUGCCUCCCUGCCACACAAGAGGCCGAGCUCCAUAAGCUACUGCUCCGCUUCAACGUGACGCCUCUGGCCUUGGCCUCGCAGCCGUUCCUUGAGACCCUCUACCGACGUCAACUUCACCUGGGGCUGGCCAAGGGCAAUGGCUGGAAGUUGAUUGAAACAGCUGAGUAG